CAUUGAGAUAAAAUUACCUACCAUAAAAUGCAUAGAUUUUAAAGGUACCAGUUUUCAUUUUUCACAAAUGCAUACCCAUGUAACUUUCAGCAUAAUCAAGCUAUAGGACGUUUUUAUCACCCCAGAAAAUCUGCUUGAUCUUUUAAACAGAAAUUUCAGUGUCUAUACUAUUCUACAGGUAAAUUAAGUAGGAACUUCUGUGCUUUAGGAUUUGACUUACUUUAUUCCACAAUAACAUUUUUAUUAACUUCUUGGUGAUUAAUUUUCACAUUGUUAAAACUCCCAGAUUGCACUAUUAAAAAGCCCCCCAGAUUAUUAUGUUCAUGAAAAGAAAAACCACUUUGUUCCAAAUCUGAUUUUCUUUAAUAUACCAUGAUAUUAUUUGGACUAAAACAGAAAAUGAGCCAUCGGACAGUGAGGAUGUUGGAAUUGCUGAGAUUCAUUCUUUCAAGGACUGAAAUUUAUUUUCGUAGUUGCAUCAAAAUCUUCCAAAAAUAUAUAUAUUUUCAUGCCUUCUUAAGCAGAUUGCUGUUUGUUGACUCAGUGCCAUGGGACUUAAUGAUUCACACUCAUUGAUUUUUAUACCAUCCUACAUACAUUGAUAUCAUUGCAUAUCAAAUUGUUUUAACUGCUAUUUGAAUGACUUAGGUUUCCCUUAAACUUCUGUGUUUGCUUUUUUGUAUUUUUCUCCCAUUGGUAGAGACUUCUCAUUCCUGCUGGUGUGCUGGCUUUGGACAUCCCUUUUAUCUCCUUUUUAAUGUAUUAACACCUGUUAGAUAUAAACUUAGAAAGUAGUCUCCUGAAUGACUUGCAAAGAUGAUCUGUUGGGGGGGGAUGUUAGAAGUUCUCACCUUUUUAUCUCAUUCUUUCUCAUUUCUAAUUUGUGUAUGUUUUAUAACAUAAUAUCAGGAGAGAAGUACAUGUUUGUAAUGUACAAAUAAUUGGUUUCAGGUGCAAAAUUUUUUUUUUACUACUAGAGGUAUAUGACCAAAGAAGACUACUAAGCUAGAAAACUGAGAUAAUUUCUUCACUGUUUUCUGAUUGCUCUUUCAGGAGCUUCUUUUUCGUUUCUUUUUAUGGCAGCCUAAUUUUUCCAUGGAUGAACUUUUCUUUCUUAUCCAAGAAUAUUAUUUCUAGUUCUUCGUUGUUUUCUGCUAUUCCCUGUGAUCUCUGUAUCUUUUAAAUUUCUUUGCUGUUUUAGUUUGUUUGGUCUCUCAUUAUAGGCUUAUCAUAAAGGAUUGAUUAUCCAUAUUUGGCCAUUCUUAUUUGAGUGAGGCCCAAAAAGCUAGUUAGAAGACCUGUAUGGGGCUUGUCCCCUGGUGGGCUUCUCCAGAGAAGGGUUCUCCCGCUGGGAGAUUGAAGCCUGGCAGUUAGGAUGUUAGAGUUAAAUGAGGGAAGGCAGGUGGGGUGGGGUUAAGAAGGGAAACUUCCUUUUAAUCUCCAUGAUUUUAGUCCAACACUUCAUCCCUCUUUUCCACUUUGCCUUAUGUCUAGACUUCUCCAAAGGCGAAGCUCUUGUCCUGUCAUUAUUUAGGAGGGAUGGUUGCCUGGCUGUGCUGGGUGGGAUUCUGGGGACCUAACUACCUGGCAGACUUCCUAAUGAUCCUCCUCUUUGCAGCUCUCCACACCCUUUCUGAGGUGCUUCAGAUUCCUGAGCCUUCUCAGGGCUCUGUAGGUCAGGUCACUUCAGCUGUGACUCACUGCAGUCACUUAGCGAAGCAGAGGAGAGGUUAACGAAAUAUAUUGUAUUACUGUGUGUCACUAAAGUUUUGAAGGCUGUGGGGCUUUUUGAAUCAUAUGACCUCCUGAAAGUAGUUCACAUUGUUCAGUUUAUUUUUAUAUUAAAACUUGGGACUACAUUUUUUAUGGUUUUGUUUCAAAAGCCUUUUUCUUCUGGGAAAAGUAUUACCAAACGCCAGUGGAUCAAAAUAUUUAAACAUGCAGUUGCUGGGUGUAUCAUUUCACUUUUGUGGUUUUUUGGCCUCACUCUUUGUGGACCACUAAGGACUUUGCUGCUAUUCGAGCACAGUGAUAUUGUUGUCAUCUCACUGCUCAGUGUUUUGUUCACUAGUUCUGGAGGAGGACCAGCAAAGACAAGAGGGGCUGCUUUUUUCAUUAUUGCUGUGAUCUGCCUAUUGCUUUUCGACAAUGAUGAUCUCAUGGCUAAAAUGGCUGAACACCCUGAAGGACAUCAUGACAGUGCUCUAACUCACAUGCUUUACACAGCCAUUGCCUUCUUAGGUGUGGCAGAUCACAAGGGUGGAGUAUUAUUGCUAGUACUGGCUUUGUGUUGUAAAGUUGGUUUUCAUACAGCUUCCAGAAAACUCUCUAUAGAUGUCGGUGGAACCAGACGUCUUCAAGCUUUAUCCCAUAUUGUUUCUGUGCUUCUCUUAUGCCCAUGGGUCAUUGUUCUUUCUGUGACAACUGAGAGUAAAGUCGAGUCUUGGUUUUCUCUCAUUAUGCCUUUCACAACCGUGGUUUUUUUUGUCAUGAUCCUGGAUUUCUAUGUCGAUUCCGUUUGUUCAGUCAAAAUGGAAGUUUCCAAAUGUGCCCGAUAUGGAUCCUUUCCCAUUUUUAUUAGUGCUCUACUUUUUGGAAAUUUUUGGACGCAUCCAAUAACAGACCAGCUUCGGGCCAUAAACAAAGCAGCACACCAGGAGAGCACAGAACACGUCCUUUCUGGAGGGGUGGUAGUGAGCGCUAUAUUCUUCAUUUUGUCUGCCAACAUCUUAUCAUCUCCUUCUAAGAGAGGACAGAAAGGUACCCUAAUUGGAUAUUCUCCUGAAGGAACACCUCUUUAUAACUUCAUGGGUGAUGCUUUUCAGCAUAGCUCCCAGUCAAUCCCUAGGUUUAUUAAGGAAUCACUAAAACAAAUUCUUGAGGAGAAUGACUCUAGACAGAUCUUUUACUUCUUGUGCUUGAAUCUGCUUUUUACCUUUGUGGAAUUAUUCUAUGGCGUGUUGACCAAUAGUCUGGGUCUGAUCUCAGAUGGAUUUCACAUGCUCUUUGACUGCUCUGCUUUGGUCAUGGGACUUUUUGCAGCCCUGAUGAGUAGAUGGAAAGCAACUCGGAUUUUCUCCUAUGGGUAUGGCCGAAUAGAAAUUCUCUCUGGAUUUAUUAAUGGGCUUUUUCUAGUGGUAAUAGCUUUUUUCGUGUUUAUGGAAUCAGUGGCUAGAUUAAUUGAUCCUCCGGAAUUAGACACACACAUGUUAACACCAGUCUCAGUUGGAGGACUGAUAGUAAACCUUAUUGGUAUCUGUGCCUUUAGCCAUGCCCAUAACCAUACCCAUGGAGCUUCUCAAGGAAGCUGUCACUCCUCUGAUCACAGCCAUUCACACCAUGUGCAUGGACACAGUGACCAUGGGCACGGUCACAGCCACGGAUCUGCAGGCAGAGGCAUGAAUGCUAACAUGAGGGGUGUAUUUCUACAUGUUUUGGCAGACACACUUGGCAGUAUUGGUGUGAUCGUAUCCACCAUUCUUAUAGAGCAGUUUGGAUGGUUCAUUGCUGAUCCCCUCUGUUCUCUUUUUAUCGCUAUAUUAAUAUUUCUCAGUGUUGUCCCACUGAUUAAAGAUGCCUGUCAGGUUCUCCUUCUGAGACUGCCACCAGAAUAUGAAAAAGAACUACAUGUUGCCUUAGAAAAGCUACAGAAAAUUGAAGGAUUAAUAUCAUACCGAGACCCACAUUUUUGGCGUCAUUCUGCCAAUAUUGUGGCAGGAACAAUUCAUAUACAGGUGACAUCUGAUGUGCUGGAACAAAGAAUAGUACAGCAGGUUACAGGAAUACUUAAAGAUGCUGGAGUAAACAAUUUAACAAUUCAAGUGGAAAAAGAAGCAUACUUUCAACAUAUGUCUGGCCUAAGUACUGGAUUUCAUGAUGUUCUGGCUAUGACAAAACAAAUGGAGUCCAUGAAAUAUUACAAAGAUGGUACUUACAUCAUGUGAGAUAACUUGGGAAUUACCCCUGGGGUAUGAACAAUGAAGAUGAAAUGACCGGGUAUUUAUAAUAUCGCCAGAAGGAAGAAAAUUGCACAUAAUUGUACAGAAACAUUUUGUGGUAUUUGAAAAAAAUUUUAAAGCUCCCUACAGUUGGAUCAAGGAAUCUUUCUUAAAGGAAAUUUAAAUACAGAAUGAAGCGUUAAUUGUACAAGUAAAAUAAUUGUUUAAAUUACGUGUAAAACAGGAAACUUAAAAUUUAAGUGAACAUGAUGUAUCAUAUCAUCUUCAAAAGUGAACAUAUAAUGAUGGAUUCUAGUGAAGACCAAAAUAACUUCUGUGUGUUUACUUUCUGUAAGAAAGCAUCUCCAUUGUAAAUAAUGUAUUUACAUGUUUAUUACAAAGACCCAAAUGAAAAAUUUUUAGUCAAUUUUUUGCAUAGCCCUAGGAUAAAAUAGGAAUAAAAGUUCUAUAUUUAUGGAUUUUCUGUAUAUAAAACUGGUUUCUAAUUAUAACUUAAAUCCAUUAAGUAAAACCUGUAUUGCCACUUUAAAUGUAAACUAAAUUAUUUGGGAGAAACUUCAACCACUGAUAUGAGGCAGCAGUGAGAAUAGUGAAGGAUAACAUGACAGUUUUUGAUGUAUUACAAAAGCCAACCACUCUGUAAAAUAAAUUUUUUUACUUUUGGUAA